GGUUUCGUUAUAUCGUCAUUUGUCAUUACGUAAAAUAGCUUCUCACAACUACAAACAAGAUCACGGCAUUAUUCAAAAGGCAAUUCCAAAUGAAACGACCUACUUUGAAACAUUAGGAGUAGGUGAUGAUUCCAAAGUACCUGAAUUUGAUAUCGAUUUAGGUCAAUUACGUAGUAAUUAUUUGAAGCUUCAACAACAUGCUCAUCCUGAUAGGUAUGGUAAAAAAGACAAAGCAACUGAAUCGGAAUCGCUCGAAGAUCCUGAAUUAUUGAUGAAAAUAUUAGAUGCCAGAGAACGUCUGGAAGAAGCUUUGGAUGAGAGUGAGGCAAAAAACAUCAAAGAUGAAAGCGAAG